CAGGAAAUGCAUAAUUAGGCAAAAGGUGUAAACAAACCUUGCAACAAAAUUUGACAUCUCACAACAAACAAAGAAAUUUACAGAGUAUAAGGAACUGCUAGCAACAAAAUGAAGUGGGAAUAUAAAGAAGAACACCCCUUUGAGAAAAGGAGGGCGGAGGGUGAAAAGAUCCGCAAGAAGUACCCAGACAGAGUGCCAGUCAUUGUAGAGAAGGCACCAAAGGCAAGAGUAGGUGAUCUUGACAAAAAGAAAUAUCUUGUUCCAUCAGAUCUGACUGUGGGCCAGUUUUACUUUCUCAUCAGAAAGAGAAUACAUCUGCGACCAGAGGACGCUCUCUUCUUCUUUGUGAAUAAUGUGAUACCCCCAACUAGUGCAACAAUGGGAUCUCUUUACCAGGAACACCACGAGGAGGAUUUCUUCCUAUACAUUGCAUACAGUGACGAAAGUGUAUAUGGCGCUUAAAUACCACGGGACACAACCAUCUGUAAUCAUCUUCCAUUUAAUAAACAAUUUAUCUUUUACCCAUACAAACUUUUAAACAGUUUAUAUCAAUCAGCAUUGUUGUUAAUUAGUACUGGAUUAAUUUUUGAUGACAUCAGCAGACUUGGAAACUGGUUUUUUUUUGGGAAAUUCAUGAAAAAACUUUUCAACUGUUAUUGUGAUGCACUUGUGAUACUGUUUCUGCUUUAUUUUGCUAUAAUUAAAUUAUAAUACAUAUAUUUUUUAUUUUGGUAUUGUUUGAUCUUGCAGUUGAGAUUUAGGUGCAAUAUUAUCUUGACAACAAAAUGAAAUAUUCAUUGUAACUUGGGGUGUUGGCCAAAAAAACUAUAUUAACAGUUUCUUUAAUCCCAAUUUGAGCAAAAUUGCAAUUGCUUAAUUUGUGUGUAAGAAGACAUUAUUUUUUCAAUGAAAGUAGUUCUUAAAUAAUUAGAAGCACCAUAUGAUCUUUUGUUUGAAAUUAACAUGUUUUCUAAGGGAGGUAAUUAAGAUAAUGUUACAAAUAUCUCAAAAGUUGUCUUUCAUGCAAUAAUAAGCAUUUUAAGGUAAAAUAUUAGCACAACCACUGAUCUUCAAGUAUCUCUAUAUUUGAUAAGGUUAAAACCAAGUCUUGAAAAGGUUUGCAUGAACCAAUACGCAAUUUUUUAAUAAUAAUACCUUAGUUCUGAGGUUAUACCUUGAAUCAAAUUACAAAAUCAUGAAUUAUUGUAAUUUAUGUAACAUGGUUGUCAUGGAUACAAUGUACCCUGACUCGCAUGUUUAUACCUCUAACAGACAGCCCUGUGUGUAACUCAUUUCAAUUCACCUGUGUAAACGGGGGAUAAAGUUUUCAAAAGUAACUGAAUUUUUACUUGAGGUAAUAACACGCUGUAUAGGACAAUAAGAAUUAGUGAAAGUUUAGAAAUGAGCUUGAUACUAACAUCUUCGUCCUAUACUCUGUAAAUUUCAACAACUUUUACAGAGUAAUCAUUUUGAAAGUUGAAGAACGAAUGAGUGAAUUUAUAUAUAAGGAUUAUUUUAUUAUAUAUGUAUGUUUGAAUGUCUUAAUUUUAUUAUUGUAGACAUUUAUGUGUAUUUAUGAAACAGCAGAAAGUGUGCGAGAAUAAAAGUGGUCUACGGAAUAUUGUUUUGUUAACUAUACUAAAGUUGUAUGGAUGAUUCGGGUUGUAUGGAAGUUGGGGGGGAUGUUUUAUUUUAUUGUUUUAUGGUUUUAUUUCAAUAUAAAUGUUAAAUUGUACGAUUAUUUUUCAGUUUAUUAGAUUCACCUAUAUCACUAUGUAAAUAUAACUUUAUCUAUUAUAAAACUAAUAAAAAUGUCUUUGUUCAGUCAAAAUUUGAAAAAAAAUAAUCUGAAAUUAGAUUGAUUGUUAAAAAUUGAAUCUUCUUAAUCAGUAAACAGUACAAAGAAACUUUGGAUUUUUAGCUCACCUGUCACAAAGUGACAGGGUGAGCUUUUGUGAUCGCUUUUCGUCCGGCGUCCGGCGUCCGUCCGUCCGUCCGUAAACUUUUACUUUAAAUGACAUCUCCUCAUAAACCACUGAGCCAAUUUCAUCCAAACUUCACAGGAAUGUUCCUUUGGUGGUCACCUUUAAAAAUUGUUCAAAGAAUUUAAUUCCAUGCAAAACUCUGGUUGCCAUGGCAACCAAAAGAAAAAACUUUAAAUAUCUUCUUUUAAAAAACCAUAAGAGCUAGAGCUUAGAUAUUUGGCAUGAAACAUCUUCUAGUGAGUGUCUACCAAGUUUGUUCAAAUAAAAGCCCUGGGGUCAAAAUUGGCCCCGCCCCGGGGGGUCAUUGAUUUUCCCUAUAUGCAUAUAGUAAAAACUUAAAAAAAUCUUCUUUUAAAGAACCCAAAGAGCUAGAGCUAAGAUAUUUAGCAUGAAACAUGUUCUAAUGGGUGUCUACCAAGUUUGUUCAAAUAAAAGCCCUAGGGUGAAAAUUGGCCCCGCCCCGGGGGUCAUUGAUUUUCCCUAUAUGCAUAUAGUAAAAACUUAAAAAAUCUUCUUUUAAAGAACUCAAAGAGCUAGAGCUUAGAUAUUUGGCAUGAAACAUCUUCUAGUGAGUGUCUACCAAGUUUGUUCAAAUAAAAGCCCUGGGGUCAAAAUUGGCCCCGCCCCGGGGGUCAUUGAUUUUCCCUAUAUGCAUAUAGUAAAAACUUAAAAAAUCUUCUUUUAAAGAACCCAAAGAGCUAGAGCUAAGAUAUUUAGCAUGAAACAUGUUCUAAUGGGUGUCUACCAAGUUUGUUCAAAUAAAAGCCCUAGGGUGAAAAUUGGCCCGCCCCGGGGUCAUUGAUUUUCCCUAUAUGCAUAUAGUAAAAACUUAAAAAUCUUCUUUUAAAGAACUCAAAGAGCUAGAGCUUAGAUAUUUGGCAUGAAACAUCUUCUAGUGAGUGUCUACCAAGUUUGUUCAAAUAAAAGCCCUGGGGUCAAAAUUGGCCCCGCCCCUGGGGGUCAUUGAUUUUCCCUAUAUGCAUAUAGUAAAAACUUAAAAAAUCUUCUUUUAAAGAACCAAAAGAGCUAGAGCUAAGAUAUUUAGCAUGAAACAUGUUCUAAUAAGUGUCUACCAAGUUUGUUCAAAUAAAAGCCCUGGGGUCAAAAUUGGCCCCGCCCCGGGGGGGGUCAUUGAUUUUCCCUAUAUGCAUAUAGUUAAAACUUAAAAAUCUUCUUUUAAAGAACUCAAAGAGCUAGAGCUUAGAUAUUUGGCAUGAAACAUCUUCUAGUGUGUGUCUACCAAGUUUGUUCAAAUAAAAGCCCUGGGGUCAAAAUUGGCCCCGCCCCUGGGGGUCAUUGAUUUUCCCUAUAUGCAUAUAGUAAAAACUUAAAAAUCUUCUUUUAAAGAACCCAAAGAGCUAGAGCUAAGAUAUUUAGCAUGAAACAUGUUCUAAUGGGUGUCUACCAAGUUUGUUCAAAUAAAAGCCCUGGGGUCAAAAUUGGCCCCGCCCCGGGGGUCAUUGAUUUUCCCUAUAUGCAUAUAGUAAAAACUUAAAAAAUCUUCUUUUAAAAAACUCAAAGAGCUAUGGCCAAGAUAUUGAGCAUCAAACAUGUUCUAAUAGGUGUCUACCAAGUUUGUUCAAAUACAAGCCCAGGGGUCAAAAUUGGCCCCGCCCCGGGGUCAUUGAUUUUCUUUAUAUGUGUUUAGCAAAAACUUUAAAUCUUCUUUGAAAAAACCCAAUAGCUAGAGUUGAAAUAAAAUAAAAGCCCUGGGGUCAAAACUUGCCCGGCCCCAGGGGUGUCAUUGUUUUUAACUAUAUGUGUAUAGUAAAAACUUUAAAAAAAUCUUCUUUUAAAAAGCCCAAUGAGCUAGAGCUUAAAUGUUUAGCAUGAAACAUCUUCUUAUGGGUGUCUACCAAGUUUGUGCAAAUAAAAUCCCUUGGGUUAAAUUGGCUCUGCAACGUUGGGGGGGGGGGGUUGGGGGGCCUAUAUACAGGUGAGCGACCUCAGGGCCAUCAUGGCCCUCUUGUUUAUUAUUUUUUUUUUGUGUGAAAUUUGAUGCCUUGAUCUAUGUACAAUUGAACAUGAAUAUUUUGGUUUAUUUUUCCCUUCAAUCUGAUAGUAACCCGGUAUAAAUUACUUUUUUAUAACAGUUUUCUUUUAUUGUUUAAUGUAUAGUUUGACAGUGUUUUUUCUUGUAAUAUUGUCUUACAUUGGUGUUAAUAAACAAUUUAAAUGGUG